GAAGAAGAGGUGAGAGGGCAAAUGCCUGGAGGAUAUAGAAGUGGCUCCACGUGAAUCAGUUGGAGAAUGGCGUCGACUCAGGAGCCAGAGGUCCAGUUUGCACAGAGAUUAGCCUCCAACGAGAGGCCAAUCCGGAUGAAGGCUUUGAAGAAACUGAGGAAAUAUAUAAAUGUCAGGUCUCAGAAAGUUACAGGUGGAUUCACUGGUGAUGAGCUGCUGAAGCUCUGGAAGGGUCUUUUCUACUGCCUGUGGAUGCAGGAUAAACCACUGCUCCAGGAGGAGCUUUCAAAUCAGAUCUCCACCCUGAUACACAGCUUCCAUGACAUCACUGGACAGUUUUUAUACUUUGAGAGUUUCCUGCAGACCUUCAAAAGAGAGUGGAAUGGUAUUGACAGGUUGCGGAUGGACAAAUUCUUCCAGCUCGUUCGCUUCAUGUUCAGACAAAUGUUUGAGAUGCUGAAGAGGAAAAACUGGGAGAGCAGUCUGGUUGCCAGAUUUCUAGAGCUGCUGACAACUCAACUACUGCAGAGAAGCAGCGCAGCACCCAGCGGGCUGCAGUUCCACAUCCUGGACCUUUACAUGACUGAACUGGCAGCUGAGCUUACCGCAGAUCAGAACUUGACAUUCAUCGAGCCAUUCUGCAAAACAGCAGCCAAAACCAAAGAUCGGAUUCUCUUCGGAGCCAUCUCUAACAGCAUCUUCAGUGCUAUUAUUGACCAGGCUCCCUUCGCCAUUGAAGAUUUGAUGAAGGAGGUUAAAGCAUCUGAGGACUCAGAUUCAGGACAGGGUUCUGAAGACUAUGAUGAAGACCAGUUAAAAGAGAAAACAAGAAAACUCAGCAAAAAAAGGACUGGGAAGCAGGCAAAUGGUAUUAAAUCAAAUGAAGAAGAGGAGGAGGAUGAGCUUCAUUUGGAAGCCUCAGACACACAACUGUCAUGUGAUGAGGACAUUGGAUCAGUCCUACAGUUUGACUAUGUGGCCGUGGCAGACAAGCUGUUCCAGUUAGCCAGUCAGACCAGCACACCCAGCAAGAACAGACAGAGACUCUACAAAAUCAUCAAAGUACUGCGUGAUCUGAGUGAAGGCAUCUUUCCUCAGGAUGAGUAUCCAGAGGAGGUCUCCACAGAUGAGGAUGAUGAAAUGUUUGGCAGCAGGAAGAGGAUGAAGAGAGGAGGAGCUCAUGUGGAGGAGGGUGAAGAGGAGACCCCAGCAGUUAAGAAAAGAAAGAAAAAGGUGUCCAGAUUCAACAAGCAAAACAAGGCCUUGGAAAAAGAUGAACAAACAAGCCUAACCACUAAUGAUAAAAAGAAAAAGAGGAAGAAAAAGGAAGCAGGGCACGGCCAAAGUGCAGCUGGUGUGGAAAAUCCAGAGAGGUCAGAGCAGGGACAAACUGUGGCUCAAACUCAAAGUUUAAGUAAAGAGACUAAAGAAGGUCUGAAGUGUUCACAAGUGGAAGAUUUAGAAAAGGAAGCACAGGCGCAAAACUUCAUCUCAUUUAUAAAAGUCACACAGAGAGCUACUCCAAAUGGUCAGUCAAACAUUCUUCUCUCUUCUGAUGUAAACAAACUGCUACUAGAUAAAGUUACAGAAGACGCCAGCAAACCAAAGCCCUGCAUCACUGACAAGGACCAAUGUGAAACCUUUUCAGUGAAGAAAAAGAGGGAAACUUGUGAACCCAAGCUCACGGAGACAGGAGAGGAGCAGCAGACCCUUCCCACACCAGGGCUAGAGAUGUCCUCUGAAGCAGAUGCUCCAGUCUCAUGGAAGAAAAAGAAGAGCCUGAAAGCUGAGUUGCAAAGACAUGGGAUUAAGAUUCAGUCACAGGUCCGUGCAGAAGCAGAAAUCACACCAGAAAGUUCUGAGGCAUUGGGAGAAGAAACAACAAUUCCAACACCUCAGGCUGAUGCUACAACUCCUGCCAAGAAGAAACAGAAAGGCCUGAAAGCUGGGAGGAAACCUGGAGGGAGUGAUGUUCAGUCACAGAUUAACGGUUUGAGCUCAGAUGUCACAACACCACACUGUAAAGGUUCAGCAAAACAUGGCACAGUGACCAAACGGGGGAUAGAGGGAAAACACACCAAUGCUGAGCUGACAUCCGAAGCAUCACGUACCGCUGCAGUGUCACUUCAAAAGAAGACAAAGAAAAAAGUAAAGCUAGUUCAUGACAUGGAGGAAACUAAUCAGUCGCCUGAAAGCACAACACUCGACACUUCGUCUGCUACAGAUGACAGCACUGUAACACCACUGAAGAAGAAAACAAAGAAUAAAAAAGGAGCUAAGAUUAUGGCAGAAGAGUACCAAGCAGUGGUGGCCACUGAUAAAGUACUGUUUGAGACCAGCAUGACAACAUUAGCAAAGAAGAAAAAGACUCCAAAGCUUUUAGCAAUCCAGGCAAAUAAGAUCAAAGCUGAAACCCAGUUGCAUGUGUUUCACAGAGGAGAUGCUGAGCUUCCAUUGGAUGAAUCUAAUGCAGUCUCUUCCUCUGGGAAACUCGCAAAAAAGAAGAGGAAGAUCCCUGUGGUGUUUGAGUUCGAGGCUGAUGAGAUGGAGGAAGCUGCAUGCAUCGACUUUGCAGAAAAAGAGGCUCUUGCCAAGAAGACAAAACUGAGAAAUGAUGCUGGGGAGCCAGCCACACAUCUGAGCACUGAAAAAUCACAAAGGAAGAUGAUUACCUCAUCUGACUUUAUUACCUUUCAGAGCAAAGUUGUGGUCCCAACACCACUCUUCUGCAAGGCCAGUGGAAGCUCCAGCACCCCCCCUGUCAGCAAGAAGAGGUCUCCCAGCACUGAAACUCCCAAAUCAGAAUUCAAGAAGGUUACCUUUGGUCUCAAGAACAAUAAAAUGGCUGAGUUUAGGAAGACUGAUCGCAGUUUGCUGGUGAGUCCAGUUGGGUCGUCACGAGUGCCCUUUGACCCAUCACAGAAACCCAAGUUUGGGGUCUUAAAGUCUCUGCCCACACCGCACCUAACCAGCAUCAAAAAGACUCCCACCACCAAUGCGAAGACGAGGUUGAAUACCCCAAAGAGCACACCUAGACGACGACCUUCAGCUGCAGACUUCUUCUAAAUUUCCAUACCAAUGGACUGUUCUCCAUGAAAUCUUUAAAGAUGGACUGAUUUAAAACAGGUAUUUUUGUUUGGUGAUAUCAGUAUUGAGUUUUGCCUAUUUCAGUGACUUAUUUUAAUAAAGUUACUCAUUCCAGCUUUUUCAUUUUUA